CAUUUCUUAACUUUUUAAAAAAGACGGCGCUUUUAAGUCAUAAAAAAACCGUUUCGACUUGUAUUCUUAAAAUUGGUUGAGUGUUGUAAGAGGCUACCUAACCUCUCACGCCUGAAACAAUUCUCGUCGUUCGUGUGCUUUGACUGUCUUCAACGAUAAGACUUUCAAUACCUUUUCGUUGGUGGCUUUCUAGCUAAGAUUUGAUACCAAUGGUAAACUAACUUCCAAGUUUUCUCAAUCAACUUUUCUACUUAUGUCCAAUAACGAAGAUAAAACUUUGACCUACGAGUCAUUGUGUGACCUUUCGUAUAUUGAUUGGAGUAAAAAGGCCGGAAGUUUGAAUUUGGCAGCUUGUACAUAUUUGCUUAAUGAAUUUAACAAGAUAGAAAUAUUAUCCCUCAAAAGUCAUGAAGAUAAAAAUCUUGUCCAUAAUUAUUCGCUUUUAACAAAUCUUCCAUGCACAGCUAUAAGAUGGUGUCCUUCUCCUUUAAACGCCACUUUGCUUUGUUGUAGUAGCGACAAAAUUAGAAUAUGGCAAACAAAAGAUUUGGAAAACCCGGAGAGCUCCUCACAUUUACAAUAUUCUGCCGUGAUACUUCCCGUGAGGAACGACACUUUAUUCACUGCUCUGGACUGGAACUAUUUUGAUCCUGGGUUAAUUGCUGCUUGUGGUAUUAAUGCUCAAGUGACAGUCUGGAAUGCCUCGAGCUGUCAAGUAUUUUCCCAAGUUCUCGCUCACGAUGGCGAAAUUUAUGAUAUCAAGUUCGGGUCAGAAUCUAUUUUUUCCACCUGUGGAGACGACGGCACCUUAAGAGCAUUUGAUCUACGUUGUCUUGAACAUUCCAGCAUCAUUUACGAGUCUGAGACGCCUCUCCUUCGCUUAUCCUGGAAUAACUCUAACUCAAACUACAUUGCUACUUUUGGACUUGACGAUCUCAGCGUGACGGUGGUAGACUUGCGCGUGCCGGCUAUCCCCGUUUACAAGCUGGCAGGACAUUUUCUACAAGUCUCCGCCAUUGAGUGGUCCCCUGGGCGUGCCAACCACUUGUGGAGCACAGGCUACGAUAAGCAAAGCUUAUUGUGGAAUCUGAACGAAAAUAGUGCAGGUGCUAAUCAAGCUCCCAUUGUAAAAAUGACUGAGGAGAGCGCGAUUCACGACGUGAAGUGGACCUCUUACGAAAUCGAUAAUUCGAACGAAUGGAUUAUUAUGGCGCUGGGAAAUCAGGUUAAAGCCACUAAAGUGCAAACGUUGCUAACCGAACUUUAAAUCAAAAAAAUACUUAAUAGC